AUGGACAGCGACGAGUGCACCGUGAUCAUGGGUGCCGAGGGAGGUGGAGGGGGAGGGGGCCCCGCCGACGAGGGGGAGCUCAUCCCAGUCGCGACUCUCAUGGAGAAGGCCAAGUUCUACACGUCGCUGUGCCUCGGCACGACGGCCAUCCUCUCCGUGUUCGGCUUCCUGUUCCUCAUCCCGUUCGUAGUGGACCCGGCCAUCACGUCCAUCAUGGCGGACUUCGAGCCGCGGCCCGUGACGUGCGUGACCGUCAGCCACGUGUACGCCGAGGGGCUGCGCAACUGCUCGUGGGCGUCGUGCCGCGAGGGCUGCACGUCGGCGGCGCUGCGCUGCCACCAGAUCCUCGUCAACUACUCGCGGCGCGCGUGGGCGGAGGAGGGCGCCCGCCGGCCCGACGAGUGGGACGUGGCCGACACGCGCCUGCUUGUCAACACCGAGGGCUGCGGCUACCCGCCGCGCGUCAACUGCUCCGAGUUCGCGCGCCGCUACGGCCGCACGCGCUCGCCCUUCCCCUGCUACUACAGCCACGCCUACCCGGAGCUGGUGGUGGCGCGCUACAGCUGGGACGACACGCUCAAGUACCUCAUCCUGUCGCUCGUCGUGCCCACCCUGCUGUUCGGCGCCGCCAUUGGCGUGCUCAGCUACUGGUACUGCCCCGGCUGCAACCGCGCCUGCCACGGGAACAACGACUACGUCGAGAAGUUCCCCGACAAGGACGAGUGA